CUCGAUGCGCAGUGGUUACCGUAAUGGUGCGCGGUGCGCGAGGCGGACGUAGCGGUUGUUCGAACGGCAGCGAAGUAUAGUUCUCGUUGAUACAUUGCGGCGAGCAUUUUGUCGUCGGUGUGGCUCAUUUCCGUGACGCGUGAGCCUCUGUGAAAACCGUGACGCGUAAUGCCAGUAUCAUCCAGUAUCGCGGCACCCGUUGUCACGUAGCUCGGCACGUCGUUUUGGAGGCAACAACAGAUGAAUAUUCGUAACCGCAUACGCGUGACUUGAUCGACCAAAAUGUGGAGUCCGACGCACGUUCAAGUGACAGUUCAGAGAGCGAGAAACUUGCUGACGAAAGGAAAACACAAGACGAACGAUUGUUUCGUGACGAUUGCCCUCGGCAAGGAGAAGUAUCAAACGUCCGUGAAAGAGAAGGCAGCGAGGGACGUGGAAUGGCACGAGGAAUGCGAAUUAAUUAUCCCGGAGCAGGGAAACACCGCGGAAAUAGUACUGACCGCCCUCCAUCGCAAUUUUCUGGGCGUGGAUGAGUUCCUCGGCACCAUCAGCAUACCCCUGUCCAGCUUCGACGUUUACGAGAGACCGAGGAACAGAUGGUAUACCCUUGGAAGUAAGCCAGGCAAGGAGAACACGAAAGAGAGGGGCGAGCUAGAAGUGAAGAUCGGCUUCAUCGUGAAGGCUGGUAGCUUGACCGAUUUAAGUCACAAAGAGCGUCACAAGAGCUCCCUCGGUCAGCUGUCUAAUGCUGCCCAUUCGAUCGGCGGAAGUUUGCUGAGCAUAGGCAGCUUGGAGAAACGCAAAGGCUUGAAGAAGCUGGUGAAAUCCAUUGAGAAUCGCGUGAAAGGAAAAAGCAAACACAAUCUCGACAAGGGGGAUGAUCUGGACGAGAGGGAGGAGCAUAAGUUUAGAACCCCUACGAGGCAACAACCGGGUGAAGCUGAUCCUGGAGUCAUCAGCGAGGAUGAGGAUGAAUUCACAUUCGACGACCUAUCUCAUAAAAGUUCAGCGUCAUCUUUAAAUACUCCAGUCGUCGGUGGCAACAGCAACAGCGCGGUUUCUGUUUCAUCGAGCGUCUCUUCGGGUAAUCAUUCUAAUGAGGCUCACCAUCCACCACCAGCGCCAGCUAACGCGGCACCCAGUAAACCACCCCGAUACUCCAUGAGCGCCUCCACUACGUCUUUAUCGAAGGUUGAUAACACCAAAGAAGACGAAUGGGGUCUUAAGCUGUAUGGAAAACAAAUUCACAAUAACGUUAAGAGAUGGGAUAACAAGCCAAGUCCAAAGAUCGUGAUCGACGAGCCAAAAGAAGACCAUCGUGAGUCAUCACCGAUUGGUUCGCCGGCGACGACUGUGAGAUUUCAAGAAACGCCGGAGCCACCGCUGCCAGCGCCCCGUGAAGUCUUGCAGAACAAAAACAAAGAGGAGAAACCUACUUCGAACAAAGAUAAGAGCACCAAAGAGGAGAAACUAAAGGAGAAGAAAGAGGAUAGAUAUAACUGUUGGAGUCCCAAGGACGAUAAACAAUCCAGGAAAGAUAAAAAGAAAGAGAAAGAGAAUAAACUGAAAGAAUUGAACGAGGAUAACAAUCUGUCUUCGGAAAGAAUCAUUAUUGGUGGCGAGGAUGCUAUUCGAAGUACCGUGAUAGGGAAGAGCCAUUUGCCACACGAGGUUCUCACUCAAUUUGAUGGAAAAUCAAGAGAGGAUCUGAUAGAGUUGACACUGCAACUGCAAGCGGAAGUAACGGAAAAGAAGAAACGUUUAACUGACUUGGAAGAUUAUAUAGACGCGCUCCUAUUGCGAGUAAUCGAAUGUUCGCCACGCUUGCUGCAAAAUCCCUACCAGUCGCAGAGACGUUUAUCAUCGCCCGGUCAUCAAUAGAUAACUAAAUGUUCUUCCAUCAUGUUUCCUGAUGUCGGGAUUCAAUUACAUUUGUCAGCAUAAUUAGUGAUAAUUGCAUAGCGUUCGUUUGAUCUACCCGAUCAUUAUUCUACACAAGUUUGACUGCUGUUGUGCAACUGUUUAUUUUAUAGUCCACACGCGCUUUAAUUUAUUCUCGAUUAACAAUUAGAAUGUAAUUCUUAAGUAAAGUUGCACAUAGUUCUCGUUGCUUUUUUUAAUUGUAUAAACUUCUAUGGAACAUUUAAUAUUUUGUUAUUGUUCGAACGAAGUAUUUUUAUUGUAAGGUUACAUGUGUUUUAAAGGGCAAAGGAAAGGUGCGACAUUUGUGCCAACUGCUUUAAAACGUGGGAAAAAUGCGAAUACUCCCCUAGUCUUCCUGAGAGAAAGUGUUGUUCAUCCCAAAACCUGAUGUCUCCGUCCAAAGUACCGUCAUAAAAAAAUUACUAUUAACAAGAUAGUUUCUUUGUAAUUUUAAACGUAUGCGUGAUGAUCGGUUCACGCGUUGUACAUCAUAUUUUCGCAAAUACAUAUUUAUAUA